CGGAAAAUCUGCCCACAAUCUUCUUUCCUUUCGGCUUCUGUUUUCCUUAUCUGGGUAUGAGAUCGUCAAUGAUUGGAUUUCGUCUUCAUGAAUUUAGCUUCGAUUUUUUACGCUGUGAAACAACACAUCAAAUGAUUCUUCCGUCCGAAUCUGAGUCAAGGUGAUGCAUUUACAUGGGAAGAUAAUGCAUUCUUAAAAUCAAGGUAUAGGAUAAUGAAUUCUCUUUAUUGUGCAUUCUUAGAAUAAAAUGAUGUAUUUGAUGGUCUAAAUGGAUGCAUUUGAUGGUGAAAUUCAUCUGACAUAAAUAUGACGCAUUUGUAUAAACUAGAUAAUGAACUUUUUGCCAAUAUUGAUUUUAAAUGUUCUUUGAUACAUUUAAAUAUGUGUAAGAGGCAUGUUGAAUGAUGCCAAUUUUAAGAGAUCAAAGUGAAUAUUUAAUAGGUCCAAGUGCAAGAUAGAAGUCUAUUUGAAAAAAAUUAAUGAUUGCCUAUUAGCUCAAAUGGUAGAGCGGUUUGUACUACACGAAUUACAUUGCAUUCUCAUGUUUUUUCAUGACUUAGGAGUUCAUAAUUUGAUAUAACAGAAUUUGAAUAAAAUUUAAAGCAUACAUCAUAAUGCAUAAAUUCACUACCACAGUGCAUUCGUUUUAGAUUUUAUAUUUGUGGAUAUCAAAAUGCAUCCGCCAAGAUAAAUUGAGAAGAGUGAGAUACUAAAAAUUAUUUCCUAAAUUUGAUAUGUUGUAUGUGUAUUAUUUUAAUGAUUUUUUUGCAUUUGUUACAUAUCUUAGUGACGUUGUUGUUAAAAAACAAUAAUCACAAAAUUAUUUAUCACUAUACAAUGCAUUCUUAACUUGUAACUGUGCAUUUUAAAUAGAUAUCUAUGCAACACGUGUUAAGCCUUAUCAAUACAAAAGUAAAACUUUAAUCCUUAUUAUGUGCAAUCUCAAUUUGCUUAUUUCUGUAUACUUUUAUUGGAAGGGGGGGGGGUGGAAGUAUUUUCAUGUGAUCUUCAAAUUAUUUAAUUGGACCAGACCUAUAUAUGUGGGAUUAGUUAUCUUUCUACAUUGGCGUACAAGUUUUGAGGACUAAAAUGCCCCUGCUAACUUCAAUCCCUCCUAAAUUAUAGCACAUCAUUUAUUGAUUAUGUUUCUUGAAAUGCCACAUGACUCUUUAUUAGGUGUGAUCCGUGCCGUUCAAUUAUAGAGAUCAAUGGUUGUUAAUCAUUCUUAUUUCUUUCAUUUUCUUUUUCCGUCUUUUUCCGUCUCUUGCUCCGUCCGUCAACCCACGUCACCACUUCUCUACUCACCGCCUUUCUUCCUUGAUUAUCUCUCUUCCUCACACUCUUCGCGUAAAACGAAGAGUGUAUAUGCUGGUCGCUAAAGCCCUUGCGAUUCGACUAUAUAUAUGUAAUAUGCUGGUUGCUACAGUAGUUCGGUACGGGAAAGCCCUUGCAUAGCUAUGUCGCUAAAGCCCUUGCGAUUCGACUAUAUAUAUGCUGGUUGUUACAGUAGUUCGGUACGGGAAAUUCGGUUCGGGACAGAGCCCACUCCCAUUCCCAAAUACCAGCCCGAAAAAUCGGUUCGGUACGGUUCGGGAUUUCUUCGAAAUUUUUCGGUUCGGUAAAAUUUGAUACGGGUAAUCCGGGAAUUUUCAGAAAUUUUCGGUAACGGUAUGUUACAUGCUCACCCCUAGUAUCCUAUUCCUAGUACACUUGUACUUCUGUAUUCAAUUCCCAAUGUAUCUUCCGUCCCAAUCUUUUCUUGUUCAAUUCAAAGAGAUGAUGAGAUUAUGAGAAUAGCAGAGUGAAGAGAACACCGGAUCGGAGUUCUGAGUAGGUGCAAUGGUAUUAUCCCGCUUAAUUUCUCAGCUCCGGCCUUUCGAUUUCAUCUCCUUUCUGUUUCAUCUACUGGCUUUAGCUAUGGAUUACCUCACCCUCAAAGUCUCAUCCGCACUAAACCCUAGAUUCAAGCGAGGAGCCUUCGAAGAUCUGCCGCCGGAAAUCGCCAUUGACAUCCUGUCAAGGCUCCCGAUCCGGAGCAUCGUCAAUUGCAAGCGCGUUUCCAAGCCAUGGCGGGAUCUGAUCGAGUCUCGCGAGUUCAUCAACUUCCAUCGCUCCAAUUCAGCCGCCGCACUGGUAUCGUUGGCAGAAGGAGGUUCAUCAAUGCAGUGCAAGUUAUCUGAAUCUGAUCUCGAUGGACACGGCUUUAGUUACAAUCCAGUCAUCGAGUUCGAUUUACCGUUUCGUGGAUGUGUAAUGCUGUGUGGUUCGGCUAAUGGUUUGAUCUGUCUGGGUGAUCCGAGCGGAAUGAGAAGUGAUCUUUACUUAUGCAACCCGGUCACUCGUGAAUAUGUCAAGCUUGAUUCUCCUUGCCAUGAUUAUUCCUUCUAUGACUAUGAUCCAUGUGUAGUUUUUGGAUUCGGCGCGAGCAAAAUUGGCGAACAUAAAGUGGUUAGGAUUACCCAUGAUCGAUCGUAUGAACCGUUGCCAGCAGUUGGAAAAUGUGAGUGCCAGGUAUACACGCUUGGAACGGGAUCGUGGAGGAGCAUUGAAGCUGAGGGUGCCCAGCUGUACUUCAACGACCGAAUUCCUGGAGUGUUUGUGAAUGGGAAUCUCCAUUGGUUCGCAUGGAAUUCACUAGGCUCGCCCCUGGUUUCAUGCUUUGAUCUUGAAACAGAAACAUUUAGCCCUUUUUCUUUGCCGUCCCAUGUGGAUCAUGUUGGAAGAAAUAUGAAUCUGUUUGCUUCAAGGAAUUGCUUAGGUUUAUGUGAUUGUAAUACUGAGAUUGUGAUAUGGUUGAUGAAGGAAUAUGGAACGGAAAGCUCUUGGGCAAAGGAAUUUGUCAUAAGUAUAAACCUUGAUUCGUAUCUUUAUGACCAUGGUUUACUUGGUGAACUUUAUGAUGAUGAAGUCUAUGCUGAUGAUCCUUAUGCGGAUGAACUUUAUGUUGAGGAACCUUAUUUUGAUGAAAUUUAUGAUGAUGAACCUCAUGCCGACGAGUUUUAUGCUGAUGAACCUCAUGCCGACGAGUUUUAUGCUGAUGAACCUUAUGGUGAUGAUCAUUACGCUGCUGAACCUUAUUUUGAUGAACUUUAUGAUGAAGAAGUUCUAGCUGCUGAUCCUUACGCCGACGAGCUUUAUGCCGAUGAACUUUAUGCAGAUGAUCAUUAUGCCGACACUGUGGAACCAUAUUUUGAUGAACCUUAUGCUGAUGAGCUCAAUGCCGAUGAACUUCAUGCAGAUGAUCCUUAUGCUGCCGAACUUUAUGCAGAAGAACCUUAUGCUGGUGACCCUCAUGAUCACGAGUUUUAUGCCAAUAAAGUUUAUGGUGAUGAACUUUAUGGGGAUGAACCGUAUGCCGAUAUUCCUUAUUAUGCUGUUUACCCUAUCAAAAUUUUUGAAGAUGGUGACAUCUUGAUUGCAUGGUUAGACACCAUCGUCUUCUUGUAUUCCAGUAAGACCAAAACCAUUGAAAGACUGCCUACGCUUAAACAGCACAGCCCAGGUGAUUGCAUCAGCCCAAUCCUUCACACCCCAAGCUUUGUUUCGCUCAAAAGUUUGUGUUGUGAGGGGUGUAAUGUCAGAUCCUUCUGAUUAUAUCGGAAAGGUCGAAGCAUUAUAUCAAUGUCCAAAAUCUACCGAGGCUCUGAGCUGAAGAUGAACGGUAAUGUUACAAACACUCCGUAUAUAUGUAUGUAUGUAGGAUCAAUAAAAGGUGGAGGAAGACAGUGUUAAGAUAAAGAUUUAGUUUAGUUAGCCAUCAAACUCAUGGAGACGGAGUAUAAUAUUUGUAUGCAGAGAUGGUGUUGUGUUUUGGUGUCUGUUUAGGUGAAAAAAAUUUUGCAGCUCUAAUGCCCUUAAAAAAAGAAUUGAAAGGUA